AUGCCGCCCGCCCGGGGGAGCCCAGCCCAGCCCAGCCUGGCCCCUCGCAGCGCCGCGGGGAGUCUGCGGCCGGGACCCGGCGUCCUGCACAGGCCUAGCCUCGGCUGCUGGCGGGACGGGGAGACCUUCACCUACCGCCCCGCCGGGGGGUUGGCUGUCGGGGACCCGCACUCGGCCGCUGCCGGCUGGGCCUUUCCCUUCCCGGGCGUGCUCCUGCUGGAGGAUUUCCUUAGCCGCGCGGAGGAGGCCGAGCUGGUUCGGGCAAUGGACCAGGAUCCCUGGAAGCCGUCCCAGUCUGGCCGCAGGAAGCAGGACUAUGGACCCAAAGUGAACUUCAAGAAGCAGAAGCUGAGGGCGGGCUGUUUCGUCGGCUUGCCCAGCUUUAGCCAGGAUAUUGUGAAGCGGAUGAAGGCUCAUCCUAUACUAGAAGGUUUCUUACCUGUUGAGCAGUGUAACCUGGAUUAUCUUCCUGAAAGAGGUUCUGCCAUUGACCCACACUUCGAUGACUGGUGGCUUUGGGGAGAGCGACUGGUUAGCUUAAACUUACUCUCAAAAACCGUGCUCUCUAUGUCCUGUGAUUCAGAGAACAGCAUCCAGUUAUUUGCCACCCCCAGUCAAGAAAGUGAGAAACCAGAUCAAACUGGAUCCCCUCAAACUUCUCAGAACUGUAAAAACAAUAACUUUAUUCCCACGUCAGCUUGUGAAAAUUCAGACAACUGGGACCUUGACCAUACAACUCCCACAAAGCUUGUUCCUUGUAAAGAGGUGACUGUUGCUGUUCACUUACCUAGACGAUCCCUGGUUGUGCUGUAUGGCGCUGCACGCUACAAGUGGAAACAUGCAAUUCACCGCAAGCAUAUUGAGCAUCGUCGGGUCUGCAUCACCUUUAGGGAGCUGUCUACAGAGUUCAGUUUAGGAGGAAAGCAUGAAAAACUGGGUAAAGAACUACUGGACAUAGCUCUUUCAUUUCAGGGGAAACCAGUAUGACCAAGAAAAAGGCUGGAGUGAUACCUGGUUUGGAUAUUCAGAAAUCAAUAUUCAGAAUUUUUUAUGAUUAGUUUUAUUUGGAGUGGAAGGGGUAUACGAAUAUUGGGUCAAAUGGAAACAUUUUAUAAAUGCAGUGAAGAGAGGGGCUCUCUUGUUAUACUAAAUAACAUUUCCCUGGUAAGAACCCAGCCAUUACUGUUAGUUCUUGGAUGAACAUCAGGAAAUGGCUAUUGUAUGUUUUAUCCAUAAUGUGAUGAAAUGCAGAAAGAAAGAAAAAAGUAUACUGCAGACAUUUAAAAUAUGUUCUUAACUCUGGAAGGAACCUAGGGAUCUUCAAAUGAUUUACAGUUUGAGACUGUCUCUAUAAUUAGUCUCAAUAUUUUUUGUAAGGCAAUUCAAAACCUCCAAAUAAACACAUUGCUUCAA